CAGAUCGUUGACCGAAACUCGUUUGAGUCCAUUGUUUCCAGAAUUGACCCAAUGUUGAAUCAUAUUAGUAUACUGUAAAAUGGAGAUUUUGUUGUUUCCAUUGGGUUUGAUUCUGCAUAAUAUGUUGAGCACCAAUAUACACACGUUUUACUGCAUUUUUUCUGCUAAUGGGAAAGAUGGGCAAUUUGAAAAGAGUGGCCAAUUAGGAAUGGGCCCUCGCAAUUUUGAUUUAAAAAUUGCCAUUAUGGGUGUGGAGUGGGAAAGAAUGGAUAAAAUGGAAAUGGGAGAGAGAGGGGAAAUUGCGAUGGGGGAAAAUGGGUGGGUUAUAUUUUAUGAGAUAGUAAUAGUAGAAAGUUCAAUUACAUGCUGUUCAUAUACUGUUUCCAUGCUUUCAUAAUGCACUUUCACUCUAAAAUAAUCUUCUUAUUAAGUUUUUAAAGAAAAUAUAAUAACAAUUUAAUGUAGUUAAUUGAAACAUUGAAAACAUUGUUAAAAAAUUAAAUCAUUGACUUAAUUU